GAACUACUAUCACCACCAGCGCGAAAACCAAACAAGUCCAAAUCCCUGACUUGACUUGGACUUGACUUUCAUCAUGGACGAGUCAACGCCUCCACCGCCAGAUAUCGACGCAUACCCACCCCCACCACCUCCAUCAGCACCAACAGGAACACCAACUGAUUUCUUGAAAGGCGUGGUCGGGAAAAAGGUCAUCGUGCGUCUUACAUCAGGCGUCGAUUAUCGAGGCGUUCUUUCGUGUCUAGAUGGAUAUAUGAACAUCGCUUUAGAGCAGACUGAGGAGCAUGUCAAUGGUGUAGUCACAAAUCGAUACGGGGACGCGUUUAUUCGCGGGAAUAAUGUAUUGUACAUUUCCGCUGCAGAACCGCUAUGAUCAAUAACGUUGUACUGUAUGAGCAUCGCCAAAAUGCACGAGAGUAAUAUACGACUUUUUCAUGUAAGGACGUGACUUUAUUCGAUCUGUGUUCCCAGGAUUUUAUUUCUGCACAUCAUUUGAUGAAGGAUCUAUGGGCGGAUCUGCGCAGUGCACGUCUCGUCGUUGUAGUG